CAGGUCAGCCUCGAGCCUCUUUUUAGCUUUCCGAGUAGCGUAUUUUCAUUUUAUUUUACCUUAUCUUUUCAUUUACGCGUUAAAAGUAAAAUUUAUGUAGUUAUUAAACUAGUAUAUUCAUGUAUUAUUUCGUACCUAUGUGCACUUACAGUGUUACAUAAACAUUAGUGUAGAGCGCUAAUCGUAUCGGCAAUUCUUAUGCAUAUAACUACACGAUACGUCAGUUGAUGAAUGUUGGCUGAAAGAUAAUGGAUGUGGAUACUCCUAAUAUAUUAAAAAGGUGCAGUAGUGCACCUCUUAUCAAUGAAGCGGCGUCUACAGCAGCAACUUCGCCUACAACCAAUACAGCGCCCAGGAGCACAUCAUUUUUCAGUAUGUUCAAUAACAGUUUGCCGCGCACGCGUAGUAAUAGCAUCAGCUGCAGUCCACUGUCAGCGGCGGUCAAUAUACCUGGGAGUGUACAAACUACGUGCGGCCGGCGCCUGACCCCGCGCGUGAACCAGCUGCGCGCGGAGGAGUGCGCCGACGUCAGCAACACGCGCGAGGUGGCGCACGAGCGGGAGGUGCACACCGCCAUGCAGAUGGGGCAGUCCUACGAGGACCUCACGCUGCUGGGCGGGCCCGCCAACUCGCCCACCAGGGUGCCCAGGUUCUCGCCCGUGGUGUCGCCGUCGCCGACGCGCAAGUACACGACGCGACGCAGCCUGUCGCCCAUCGCGCUGCGGGCGUCGUCCUUCAGCCCCGUGCGGCCCAACGUGCUGGUGGGCAAGCGGCGCUGCGAGGACGGCGACUCGUCGCUGUGCAAGCGCAUGUGCACGGGCCGCCUCACGCCGUCCACGCCCGGCACGCCCGACUCCGACUCGCUGGAGUGCACGUUCCGCCCCGUGUCCCCGCGCGGCGACCCGCCCCGCCCCAGCUAGUGGCCCGACCGGCGGACCCUGUGGACUGUCCUGUGAGCUUGACGUUCGGGCGCCGUCUCGUAGGUACCAAAUGUGCGCUCGUCGAUGCCUCCUGCGCGAGGUCGAUCGGAACCGUACCGGUGAACGGUUCGAUCGGGUCUCGUUUCGGUUUCCGGCGGGAACGUGAGGUUGUAAGUACUUCAGGUGCAAUCGACGUAGCCUACGGCGUUAGUUCCUAAUAGUGAACUUGUAGCGUAUUAUUCUUAUCGUAACGUAGAAGUUAAAAGCGAGUGCCCUUUUAAUAGCCAAAGCAUCCAAAACUUUAUUGUAAAUAUGUUAUGUUAGGUGCGUUCUUAUAUAACGAACGCUUAUAUUGUAUAUAGUUUAGUUUUGUAAGUGAACAUAGCCAUUACUUUACAUAAGUUCAUUUGAGGAGUUGAAGUGUUCUCUCCUUUCAUCCCGCCUUUCGUUUAUGUAAUUAGUUAGUCAUCCUGAUCAUUUCGAUCUCUGGAGAUAAAUGUAUACAAUUUUGAAAAAAAAAUCUUAGUAAAUGAUAACACAUGUCUACUUAAAAACAAUUGAAAUAACAGCAUGACAUUUGUCGACGGCAGCUGUUUUUAAAAUCAAAUCUGUUUUUUUUUUCAUUAAUAUUCUUUCAAAAUAUCUUUAUUGAUUUACAAUUACGUUUUCAGUGUAUAAUUCUCAUGAGUGUUGAAAAUAAUUUGUAAAUUUUUAUAACUGAAAUUUUUAUCAUAAAAAAUUUCGUCAUUAUCUUAUUACUUUUAUCAUUUAUAAAUAAGUCUCGAGAAACUUCGGUCUUCGUAAUAUUUAACUCAUAGAAUUUUGUUUGUGUUCAUUAUUCACUUUGAAUAAGUUGCGCUUUCGAUUGUACCAUAUUGGUAAACUCAGUCCAUUGAAUGUUCGUUACAAUAUGUGGGCAUUUUAGUUUAUAAGUAUAAUUUUACUUGCCAAGUUUGAUAUGUAUCUAUCAAUUUAUUAGUACAGGGUAAUGAACGCGUGUAGGGUCGGUACGAAAACCGUUAUAUAUAUACAGAAAAAACAUGAUUAUCAUUCAAACAUGUUUCUGUUGCCAUUUGUAUUAUUACGACUAGAAAUUAUAUUGAAUAUUUUUUAAACACACCUGUAUAAUAUAAACAAUUGAUUGUAAUAAUAGAAAAUAAAAUAUAUAUUUAUAUUUUGACAACAUUCAAUGGAAAGUUUUAUUGUGAUAGUUUUAAUUUGAUAACAGUAUAUUUCAAAUGAAUUCAUCUAAUCUCAUACAUGUUGUUAAACACAUAAUUUGGGUUAUAUAAUUACCUCAAAUACACAUGUAUAUUAACUGUUACUGUAUGCUUUUUUUAUUUUGUAUAUAAAAUAUGGAUUAUAUUAUUGAACAUAAAGCCAAUGAUAACUGCUUGAUUUAAUUAAUUUUAAUUAUAAGGCAUCGGUGUCUCCUUUGAAAGAGAACACUUUUAUAACUUGACAAACUUUUCAAAAGAAUUGAACAAUGUUGAAUAAUUCAAUUCGCUCAAUACUGGAUUGGUGCAACGAACACCAUGACCUAGUCUUGAUCAAUCAAUUGUUUUAAAAUGAACAUAUUUACUUUUAUUUGCAGACUUCCUUAAAAAUCAGAGGUAUACUGGCACAAUUCGAUUAUCUUAAUAAAUAGAUGCAAAGGCACAAUUGAAAAAAAAAUUACGCCCAAUGACGAUACAUUAUUUAUAGUAGUACCUAAUUAAUGUAUAAUGCAAUUAAAUAUGAAUGAUAUCAACUCAUUUUGUAAUAUGGCAUUUAAAACCCUUAGUAUGAGUAAAAAUAUAUGUAAUAUCUAAAAAAAAUCGUUUAUCAGUGACUGUUGUACCUAUGUAUGUAUUGUAAGUAGGUUUAUUUUAUAACUUUUGUAACUAUAGUUGGAGUCAUAGAGAUAAUGUUUUCAAGUGAUUAAAUCACAACAUGACUAA